UUUGACGAUUGUAAGAUAUCGGAGAUUCCUACAAAAACUAACUAGCGAAAGCACAGACAACAUUUAUUUUCUAAAACUUCUGCAAACGAAGGCAUUAUUAGUUUAGCAUAACAAGCGCAGAGUAUACAAUUUAGUACUUACAGUGGUCGCUAAAUAUAUAUAUAUACAUAUUUUAUUCAGACUUACAAUCAUAGAAAGUUGGAAAAAAAUUGGUUUUCAUGUAUUUCGCGCUGUUUCAUCUUUUCAUUAUUUUUAAUAUAAAUCAAAUAUUUUGUUCUGAUUCGUUGGCCUUGUUUAAGGAGAUGGGGCGUCUAACACAAACUUGCUUAGAUCUGACGUGUACAAAUUUAAACGAUUUGAAAGUUGCCUAUGAACUGGAGAGCGAACUCAGAAAAGAUGUGAAUUGUUUGCGAAUGUGUUUGUUCCUACAUGCUAAAGAGUCAUCAAACACGGAUCUGAAGGAAAAUUUUGUGCACUACAAACGUAACGAAAAGGCAAUACAAAGAAACGAAUGCAUCGGAUUUUGAAUUCCAAAAAUUACUGAAAGAACAUAGUUUUUUCUGUACAAGACACUAAUUUAAGUAUUUUCAUA